UGUUUCACGGUGCCCACCAGAACUCCGACCCCCGUAGUUCCGUUUCCGGUAGCACCAGAUAAAUCGCGAGAGGAGAGUUAAAACCUGCCGUUUGCAUUUAGGACCACUUCGGGUCACGAUGGUCCGUAGUGGAAAAAACGGUGACCUUCAUCUUAAACAGAUCGCGUACUAUAAGCGCACAGGCGAGUACCACCCGACCACAUUGUCGAGUGAGAGAAGCGGCAUCAGAAGGGCGGCUAAGAAAUUUGUCUUCAAAGAAAAAAAGCUGUUUUAUGUUGGAAAAGACAGAAAACAAAAUCGUUUGGUAGUUGUUUCGGAAGAGGAAAAAAAGAAAGUGUUGAGAGAGUGCCAUGAAAAUGGCCCUGGUGUCCAUCACGGCAUCUCCAGAACCCUCACUCUAGUGGAGUCCAGCUACUAUUGGACAUCCGUGACCAAUGAUGUCAAGCAGUGGGUAUAUGCUUGUCAGCAUUGCCAAGUAGCGAAAAGCACAGUUAUCGUAGCACCACAGCAGCACCUUUCCGUGGUGGGAAGCCCGUGGAGUGUAGUUACUGUUGAUCUGAUGGGACCUUUCCAUACAAGCAGCAGAAGUCAUGUGUAUGCUAUGAUCAUGACAGACUUGUUCUCAAAAUGGGUUAUGAUUUUGCCUUUAUGUGAUGUUUCAGCAUCAGAAAUUUCUAAAGCUAUUAUCAAUAUAUUUUUCCUAUAUGGACCUCCUCAGAAAAUAAUAAUGGACCAAAGAGAUGAAUUCAUUGAUCAGAUCAAUGUAGAACUGUAUAGAUUAUUUGGUGCAAAGGAGACUGUAAUCUCUCAAGCGUCUGGAAGUGUGAAUCCAUCUGACAGCACGCCCAGCACAGUGAAAACAUUCCUCUCCAAACACUGCGCCGAGCACCCCGAGACCUGGGACGAGCAGCUGCCAGCUCUUUCCUUUGCCUUCAACGUGACCCGCGCGGAGCCUACUAAAAACUCGCCGUAUUUCCAAAUGUUCAACCGGAACCCUUGCUUGCUGGAGUGUCCUCCUGAAGGGGAAGGCGAAGGCACAAGUGUGUUCGCCAGAAUCGUGGCUGCGGUUAGAGAGGCUGAUGGCGUGGUGGAGAACCAGACACCAGCAGCAGGCCAGAUGGAGAGCAGCCAGUCAGAGGAGCUGAGUAAAAGCAAAGUCGCUAAGAAGAAACCAAAGCAGCUAAACCCCUUCCACCUGAAAGUGGGCCACGAGGUGUUAAGGCAGAGGAAGAACUGGUGGAAGGACGGCCGCUUCCAAUCUGAGUGGGUCGGUCCUUGUGUCAUCGACUACAUUACAGACAGCGGAUGCGCCGUCCUCAGAGACAACACUGGGACCAGACUCAAACGACCUAUCAAAAUGUCCCACCUCAGGCCUUACGUGAGAGAGCCAAGUGAGCAGGACAGUCUUUAUCUCCUGCAAGGUUCCAUAGUGGCGGAUCACGACUACAUUGGAUUACCUGAAAUCCCAGUUGGAACAUACCAGGCUAAUAUUCUGGUGGAAGAUGCAACGAUCGGGAUUGUUGAUAAUGAAUUAUUGAUAUCAAGCAAGGAUCAUGAACUCUUAGAAUACAGAAAUUCAAAAAUCUCUGCGUUGGUAGAAGACCACAGUUCUCUUGAGAAACAGACUUUCAGUCUACUGGAUUCUUCAAAUCAAGUUCUUGAGUACCUCAGUUAGUGAAUACCAGAAUUAACUUCGAAUGCUUGCAUAGAAUGUACAUAUUUCUAGUUUGUAAGUAUUUUAUCUAUUAAAAUAGGUUGUAUAGAAGAGAAAUCUUGGUACUAUGUUAAUAACUAAAUCCUGAAAGUUUAUUUUAAACCAUCCUAAGUUGUUACACGUUUGAAUACAAAUAAAUAUAUGUAACAGAAAUAUACACUGCGUAGAACUCAGAAAUUUAUCAGAGAACAGACAAACUACAUUGCUAGGAAGUAAAUUCUAGUAGUGAAAUCUCUUUUUCUAUAUUGGUACUGUAUUUUCUCUUCUAAUUUUUCAGCAGUAUAACCCCUUUAAAUAAAUUUAAACUAAUUAUAGUUUAGUUAAUAAUAUUUGAGUCAACACUAACAUAAAUGAAAUGAAACUUUA